AUGGCUGUUAUGGUGGAAAAAGACGGGGUGGGCAUUAAAUCUACUCUUGAAGUCUCUGAAACAAAUGGCAGUUUAGUUUUGCCAACAGAUGUAAUGGUUAUUGACAGCACGAAGCAACACCGACAAACAUGCCCAAUAGGAUGGGCACUACCAACAACCAGGCCCACUAGGAUGCUCUACGUAUCAAGAUCUAUGGUGGAAAUGAGGUACAUGGAACCUAACAGAGUAAAUGCUAGGGUGGUGGUCAAACCUCCAAUAGAAGUUGCCCAGGAAGGUGCAAAGUGGGACGCCAGUGUUGUUGGGUAUUUAAUUGGGACCUGA